CUGUACUUCACGAUUUCUUCAACUUUCGAAAGAGGGUGGAAAGAGUCUUGAGAUCUUCUACUCAGGUGGGAUGAGGCCAAUUUUCUGUGGGAAUGUUGAGUAUAAUGCCAGACAGUCAGAGUUGGAGAGGCUUUUCAGAAGAUAUGGGAAAGUGGAUAGAGUGGAUAUGAAAUCUGGAUAACAUUGCAAUGUCCAUACUAUCAUGGCUGAUGGAAGCUGUGACAAGUGUUCUCUUCUUGUCUCCAAGAAGAGCUCUCUGAUCCAUCAUGGCAUCACAAUCAUAUGUUUUCCUCCGUCAUUAUUGCUUUCCAAUCCAGAAUUUUCCCCAGCCUUCAUUUUACAGACUAGUCACAACUCACAAUGCCGACCUCGAUGCUGAGGCAGCAGAUAAAAUGGAGAAGGCACUUUCUUUACAUUGUUCCCUCAUGUGACAUGCACCUUUACUUGAAAUCUGUUAGUCCACCACCAAAGGUUUUGCUUUUGUGUACAUGGAUGAUGAAAGAGAUGCAGAGGAUGCUAUUCGCGGACUUGACCGUAUAGAAUUUGGCAGAAAGGGACGCAGACUUCGCAUUGAAUGGUCAAAGGAAGAGCGUAAUGGUAGGAGGCCAGAGACUUCAAGGAAAUCUUCAUCUAGUGUCAAACCUUCAAAGACUUUGUUUGUCAUAAAUUUUGAUCCAUAUAGUACUAGGAGCAGGGAUAUAGAGAGGCACUUUGAUCCAUAUGGAAAAAUACUCAAUAUAAGGAUUAGAAGGAAUUUUGCAUUUGUUCAAUAUGAAACUCAGGAGGAUGCUACUAGAGCCUUGGAUGCUACAAACAUGAGUAAACUGAUGGAUCAAGUCAUUACAGUUGAAUAUGCAAAUAAAGAUGAUGAUGACAGGAGAAAUGGGUUUAGCCCUGAUAGAAACCACGAUAGGGGUCUUAAGAGAGGUUAUGACCGAGGCCGAUCUCGGAGUCCUUAUGGAAGAGAGAGGGGGAGUCCUGAUUAUGGUCGUGGACGGGCCCGUAGCCCAAGUCCAAUCCGUCAAGGUAGGUCAAGCCCUGAUUAUGGUCGGCGCCCUAGUUUGAAUCCCAAUCAUAGGGAAAGGGAUUCUGAGUAUGGCAGUGGCCGUAGUCCAAACAUUAGAAAGGAGAGGAACCCUGAUCAUGGAAAUGGCCAUAGCCCAAACCCUCGAAGGCUGAGAGCCGGUUCUGAAAAUGGUGAGGUGCACAGUCCACCAGAGGAAGGACUUCUGGAAUCUGGCCCUAGCCCCCCUAGGGUGGGGAGGAGAGGGAAAUAUAGCCUCGAUGAUUAUCGUGGCCGUAGCCGUAGCCCAAGGUCUAAACCUGAAGAAAUAGGUAGUCCUAGAUAUGCUGCAGCAGAAAGUCCUCUUCCAGAACGACACAGGAGCCUUUCACCUCCAACUCGAGAAAGAUCCCGCUCCUAAUUUGCUCGGUAUCAGCCUCUGACCUUAGUCAGAUUUGGCAGGGACGGUCACAUUGCUAGUGGGUGCUGUAGCAGUAUGCUUUUAAGUUGCUGGAGCCUCAAAAUUCCAGUGUCUGUUUUUGCUAUCAUAUGUUCAAAAUUCCAGUCACUAUAGUAUGGGCUUUUUGACAAUUUGUUCUUAAUAGACUUGCUACUGUAUUAGGUGAUUCUGUUUUAAAGUUGAAAACUCCUUGGCAAGACUUUGGCUUAGUUGGGCUGAACUAUCUUGAAUAUCAUAUUCUCAGAAUAUGUACUGAAAAUGAUGGGUUAUUUGCACUUCUGC